AUGACCUCUAGAGUUGUUGUAACCGGCCUAGGAGCACUCACUCCAAUAGGUAAGACGGUUCAGGAGUCAUGGACAAAUUUGCUGCGUGGAAAAUCCGGGAUUCGCCCCGUUUCGGAGCUACCUGGUUUCAAAGAGUAUGAAUCACCCUGUCCAGCUAGUGUCGGUGUAGCGAACGUCUCCGACUUUAACGCUUCCGAUUAUGGAACCUUAUUCACUUCCCAAGACCUCAGGAGAAUGAGUACCUUCACUCAAUUUGCAAUCGUGGCUGCUCAAGAAGCUUUGAUCGAUGCUGGCUUGCUGAACAACCUCAAGGAUCUCAAUGCAGAAAGGUUUGGGUGCGUGAUUGGCUCAGGAACCGCAUCGAUUCAGGACAUGUACGAUUCAAUCUUGGCAUUCGAUCGAGGGAAAAGAUUAUCUCCCACCUUUGUACCUAAGAUUUUGGCCAAUAUGGCUUGCGGUAACAUUUCAAUCAAGUAUCAAUUAAAAGGUGUGUCACAUUGCGCUUCCACUGCUUGUGCUACAGGAAAUAAUGCAAUCGGCGAUGCUUACAACUUUAUAAGACUUGGGUACAACGACCUUUGUCUUGCAGGCGCAAGUGAAGCCUGUGUGCAUCCUUUAGCACUUUCCGGUUUCUUGAGGGCGAAAAGCAUCACAGCUGAUGGUGUUUCGAGACCCUUUGACGCUCGUAGAAGUGGCUUUGUUCUUGGCGAAGGUGCAGGCUUGUUGGUGCUGGAGUCCUUGGAACACGCACAAAAACGAGGAGCUCGCAUUUAUGCCGAAGUGGAAGGUUAUGGCUUGACUAGCGAUGCCUAUCACAUAACUUCGCCGUCUGAAAAUGGAGACGGUGCAAGACGGGCCAUGAAAAUGGCCUUGAACCGACUCGAUCCCAAAGAGGUUGACUACGUAAACGCGCAUGCCACCUCAACGAUACUUGGCGACAGAGCAGAAAUGCAAGCCAUGAAUCAAGUAUUUGCGGAACACCCACGAGACAAGCUUUUGAAGGUUUCCAGUAACAAAGGAUCCAUGGGCCAUCUGCUAGGCGCUGCAGGGGCAGUGGAGAGUAUUUUCACCAUAAAGUCGCUGCAAGAUGGCGUAGUACCGCAUACGCUGAAUCUAGAAACCGCUGGAGGAGCCGCUGGCGACGACCCAAAAGCAUGGCAGCUGCUGGAUUUGGUGCAGGGAAAACCGGUUGCACUAGAAAUGCGGUACGCGCUGACGAAUAGUUUUGGAUUUGGCGGCAUCAAUUCGUCACUGUUGUUUAGAAAGUGGGAGGAUUAA